AUGUCUACACCGGCAAGGAUACUGCGAUGUCCUCUGCACGGGUCUGCAGCACGAGUGUCCCCAGCAGCAACUUGCCCAGCUCCAUCACCAUGGGGAGCUCCGUCAGCAAUUGAACGACGCCACAGCUCAGAAGCACCCGCAUUCUUCCUGUCGACAACCUCGCGCCCACCACGAGCUUCACCUCUGCCGUCAACACCUAAAAAGAACCUCGCAACCCUCCAAAAUCCCGCCUCCCCACCAAAACUUAUUCCCGACGCCGCACUCUUCACCUACCACCCGCCCCUCCUCUCCCCAGAGCCAGGUAACAACAAACCACCCGACGAGCGCAAAGUCAAGCUCGGCAAGACCCUCCGCAUCCUGCAAUCGCACCUCCCCACGCUCCUGCAAUCCCCGCCACCGCAGGGCAUCCUCUCGCCGCGCAUCACGCUGCACCUCUUCCCCUCGACGCACCCGCACCUGCCGACGGUGUCGGGCCGCGUCGCGUACACGGCCGCGCUGUGGUCGUCGCCCAUCGCGUGGAACCGCCUGCCGCUGGUCGGCAACGUCCGCCUGCACAUCCUGUCCGAGCGCAUGAUCGAGUCGUCGGCGUAUGACUCCCGGGACCGGCCGGCUGGGGGGCGCCGCCUCAAAUGGUCCUUAUGGCGAUGCACUGAUUAUGGCGCUCUCGACAAGUGA